AAUGAUGAAUUAGAAGAUAUAUACAAAGUAGAAUAUUUACCACCAGUUUCUACUACUGACAUCGCCUUAGUUGCUACAUUUCUUGAUCCAAGAUUUAAGCAUUUCAAUUGGGCAACAACUGUUGAACGAAACAAAGCACAAAAGUUGGUGGAGGAUCUUUAUGAUGAGUUAAGGGUAAAUCUUUCUAUUCCUGAUGAUAUUGAAGAAGGUUUGGUAGAUAAAAGUUAUAAGGAUGAUGAUGCUUAA